GGGUGUUGCGUACCCAGUUCAAGGUUGGUCUGUGCUUCUUGUCACAAGUCGUGAAGGAUGUUAAUUCGUCAACGAUCUCUAUUUUUAAUCGAUAUUAAUGAUUAACGGGCGGAAUUUAAUAGGAAGUAAAUCACUCCGCGUUCGACAUAUUCUGCUGGAUCAGAUAUUUCGAUGCCACGCGCUUUUCAGUGUCGCUUCUGUUUGACAGUGACAGCGGUGUGAUGUCACAGUGCGGAACUUGAAUUCAGAUUGUUAAACCGUGAAGAAAAUGAUGCAAGUGCCAAGGGCCGACCAAACCUCUGAGAGGAGGUUCGAGAUUCAAUGCAAGCUCGAGGCGGAGAUAGCUUCGUUAGAGACGUUGAAGGAAGCUGAGGAGCGCAGCAGGAGGCUCACCGGGAACGUAGUCGGGAUUCUUUCGUCAUUGGAGCAACGCCUGGCCACUCUACGUCGAACGAUACUGCCGGUGUAUAAUGAAACGGGGAACCUGCAGGCUCGGCAGCAAAACAUCGAGAUGACUCUAAACGCGUUGGACCACGCGAUCGGUUAUUAUGGAGUCUGCCAGGAGGUCGAAGCGACCGUCAGGGCUGGGCCCGGAGGUGCGGGAGGCCUGGACAACUUUCUAGAAGCCAUGAAUCGACUUCACAACGCUCAACGCUAUUUCCAGAAGAAUAAUCCAAGCUCGGUGGAGUUGGAGAAUGUCGCUAGCCUGUUCUCAGUAGGUCUUGAUGCUCUUUACGUGGAAUUUCACGACGUGCUCACCAGACAGAGCAAACCGAUACUUCCAAUCGUUCUGCUGGAUCUGAUCGGCUCCGACGAGGAUACCAGUGGCGAGGACGCACCCCAGUCUCUUUGCCAGUUACCCGAGAGCAUGCUUGGAAGCUUGUCGAGGAUCGCCGCUUGGUUGGAUGAAAGGGGGCACAGGAAUCACGCCAAGAUCUAUUCCUCGGUCAGGUCCGGCAUCGUCCUGAGGUCUCUGCAGCUGCUCAAGGAACACCAGAGGAGCGCCAGCGGCGGAAGCACACACGCCGGGAGCCCCUUGCCCAAGACGAAGCUCGGACACAGACAUUCUCUGGGUUUGGCAACGGGCCUAGAGAUGUCCGGCAAGAAGGCCUCAAAAAGACUGCAGCAUGCGUUGGAAAAGAAGGCCAGUCGGAUGCUGUUGAAAGCUUCUCAAACCACGGGGCUCGGUCUCUCGUUGACCGGAUCCAGAAAACCGACGCCCCAUCAACUCUCCAGCUAUUCCGUGGAAGAUACGGCACCUGACGAGCAGGAGAUGGAGAAUUAUCUGUUGCUGACGGUCGGCCUGCACAAGCUAAUGCAGACUGAGAGGUCCUUGGUGGCUAAGAUCCUACCGAACGGUCUCCAGGCUCAAGUUCUCGAGGCAACAGUCAGGGAAGCAAUGGAUCUGGUGGCCCACGACGGCGAGAGCAUCGCUACAAGAGCCAAGAGGUGCAUCGUACGGAGAGAUUACUCGGCAGUGCUUGUCAUCUUCCCAAUAUUGAAGCAUCUCGGGGAAUUGAAGCCGGAUCUGGAGAGGACCGUCGAAGGAUGCGACUACGCGCUCAGAUCGAAGUUCACCUCGGUGCUCAACACUCUGAAUAUCACCGGAGCCAAGGCGCUGGAGGAUUUUGCCGAGAGCGUGCGCAACGAGUCAAAUUCGAUAUUACCGAAGGAUGGAACCGUGGCGGAGAGCACCAGCAACGUUCUAGUAUUCUUGGAGCAGUUGGCCGAGUACGCGGACACCGCGGGCUCCGUGUUGAAGCGUAGCAGCGCCGAUAUGGAGGGUACAGCGGCGGCGGCGCCUGUGAAACAAACGGAGAACGCUUGCAAGAUUGUCGUCGGCACUUACAUCAAGAAGGUACUGGCGCAGUUAAACUUAUUGCUGGUCAGCAAGAGCGACGCUUCCUACUCGGAUGUCUCGCUGCGGGCUCUCUUCAGGUUGAACAACCAUAAUCACGUGGUGAACGCCCUGCGUCGCAGUUCAUUGAUGGAGUUACUCUUGUCAGCCGAACCCACGGCUGAGCAGACAUACCGGGACCUUUUACAGAAAGAUAAGAACAAUUACGUGAACGCUGCGUUCGCCAAAGCCAGAGUCUAUUUGGAACAACCGUUCGACGAGCCGGAUCCAGUCCCGAAGAUGCUCAAGGAGAAGUUCUUAGGGUUCACCAGGGAAUUCGAGGAAAUUGCCAAAUGGCAGCGUUCGUACUCUGUCCCGGACUCGCGUCUACGCGAAGAACUGCGACGGGAACUCCAACGAUCCAUCGUGCCCCUCUACACGAGCUUCUACAACAAAUAUCGUGGCACCUCUUUCUCGAAGAACCCCAACAAGUACAUAAAAUACGCUCCCGAACAGAUAUCAGCUUUGAUAGAAACGUUCUUCGACACCACGGCUUGAAACGAAUGUCAGUAGAAAUAAGAAAUUGGUAGGCUCCCUCGUAUCGUUCGUUCGAAUAAGGAAUCUAAGGAAUUUAAUAAACACCCAUUUAAUAAAGCAAUAUUUAGUUACA